UGAUUAAUGUCCAGUCACUCAUUUCCUCUCAGUCUGUCUUCUGCCUGCUCCGUCAGUCGCCCCUCCGUCAGCGGGCCGUCCGGCAGCCUCUGUUUGUUCUGAUGGAACAAAAGUUCAGAUCCUGAGAACACCUGGAAGCACCUGAAGAUACCUGCUGCUAUUUGUUGUUGUUGCUGAGAUGGGAUUCGCUGAGCUGCUGGAUGAGGUUGGUGGGUUUGGCAGGUACCAGUGGAUCCAUGUGACCCUGAUCAGUUUACCUGGUUUGCUGAUGGCGAGUCAGAACCUGCUAAACAACUUUGUCUCUGGAGUCCCCACUCACUACUGCAGCAUACCAGCCAAUCACAGCUUGAGCAACCUGUCGCACCUUCACCAGGUGGAUGAGAAGCAGCUGCUGAAAAUGUUUAUCCCUCCUGAUUCUUCAGGAAAUAGACUGGCCCGCUGCAGGAGGUAUGCAAAUCCUCAGUGGCAGCUGUUAGCUGCUAACAGUUCCACUAAUGUUAGCCACCUAGAGACCGAAGACUGCAUUGACGGAUGGACCUUUGAGCAAUCAGACUUUCUCGCCACCACCGUCUCCGAGUGGAGUCUGGUCUGCUCCCUCCGUCCUCUCAAACAAAUGAUUCAAACCAUUUAUAUGGGUGGAGUUUUAACGGGAGCCAUAGUCUACGGCAGCUUAUCUGACAGGUUUGGGAGGCGGUCCGUUCUGAUUUGGUCAUACCUGCAACUUGCUGUGCUUGGCUGUAGCUCCGCCCUUUCCCCCACAUACUCCACCUACUGCAUCUUCAGGUUUCUGAGUGGGAUGGCGGUGUCUGGGGUCAUCAUUAACGGAGUUUCCCUAAAGGUUGAGUGGAUCACAACCAAGACGAGGACAGUAGUCGGCACACUCAGUUCCUUCUUCUUCACCUUUGGUCAAAUGGUCCUGGCUGGGCUUGCAUAUUGGCUGAGAGACUGGAGGAAGCUGCAGAUGGUUGUCUGUGCACCUAACUUCCUGUUCUUCGCCUACAGCUGGUGGUACUCAGAGUCAGCUCGAUGGCUUGUUUUGAACCAGCGCUCUGAGGACGCAUUGAAGAGUCUUCACCGAGUUGCUCGGAUCAACGGGAAAUCAGAGAUGAUCGAUAAGAUCACUGUUGAGGUGCUCCACUCUCACAUGAACAAAGAGAUUGAGUCGGCUCGUUCAACAUUCACGGUGUUCGACCUGCUGAGGACCCCGGGGAUGAGACGCAUCUCCAUUUGUCUGAUGGCCGUCUGGUUCUCUACUAGUUUUGCAUACUAUGGCCUGGCGAUGGACCUCCAGAAGUUUGGGGUGAGUAUUUACCUGAUGCAGAUCAUCUUUGGAGCUGUAGAUAUUCCCGCCAAACUGUUUGCAUUGGGAAUACUCAGUUACCUGGGGAGGCGGGUCUCUCAGGCAGUUUGUCUCUUCUUCUCUGCCGCCAUCAUCUUUGCCAACAUCUUUGUCCCCACAGACAUGCAGACUCUGAGGACCACGCUGGCCUGCCUGGGUAAAGCUUUCACCUCAGCCUCCUUCACCACCGUUUACCUGUACACCGGUGAGCUGUACCCAACUGUUAUCAGGCAGACGGGAAUGGGCUUCGUCUCCACCAUGGCAAGAAUUGGCAGCAUGGCAGCGCCCGCCGUCCUCAUCCUAGAUGAAGUACUCCCUGCUCUGCCUAGCUUGGUGUACGGUGGCUCGGCCGUGCUCGCCGGCUGCUUCGCCUGCUUCCUGCCAGAGACGCUCAACGUGCCGCUGCCUGACACCAUCGAGGACGUGGAGGCCAGGUGGUCUGGCAGACGCAGCGCCUCACAGCAGGAGUGCGUGGCUUUAAAGGAGCUCAAGGAAGCAGAAGAAAGUGGCCUCAAUGCGCUCUGACCAACAAGACGCUGCCACAUCACACCAUCAGGACCAAUCAAAAGGGGACUGACUGUUGACCAAUCAGGUGUUUUUAAGAUACAGACCAAUGAAGAUAUCUAGAGUAAAUUAACUGGUGAUUAUUGAUUGAUCUCAUGUAAUUGAUCAGAUCAGAACAGCAGACAGUGAUAAUGAUCAAUAAUUAAUAACACUCUCAUUACUGUUGUAUUGAACCAUCAUUAAUAAAGAUGUUAAUCUGCUCCUGA